CUGACAUUGAGAACAAUGAGAACUGACAUGACAUCAGUGACAUCUGACAUCACUCCUUUUCUUCAUUCACGCUUGUAAUUUACUACAAGAAAUUAUAAGAAAUUUCGAAUACACUCAAAAAUAAACCAAAAACCAAAUAUGUCUUCAUUGAACGAUAGUAACGAUGUUUAUUCCUCAAAUUAUGGCAGUACAUCUGGAAUAGCAGCAAAUUUUAGACCGUUUUCUUCACCUUAUCUGAACUAUGAUCCCGGGUAUAUUCCUCAGAACCAGCCAGAGUUCAUCUUCUUGGAUGGGGGCAGCAAGCAGAGAGGCAGGUUUGAACUUGCAUUUGGUCAAAUUGGAGGAUCUUGUAUGAUAGGAGCAACAUUUGGAGGAGCUUCUGGAUUCUAUAAUGGAUUGAAAGCUACUACAUUAGCUGGACAAACUGGAAAGUUGAGAAGAACACAGUUACUCAAUCACAUUAUGAAAAAAGGUAGUGCCACUGCUAACACAUUUGGGUCAGUAGCUGUUAUUUACUCUGCCUUCGGAGUAUUCUUGUCUUGGGCUAGAGGUACUGAUGAUGAAAUCAACACUGUUGUUGCAGCCACGGCUACCGGAUGUUUAUAUAAAUCAACAGCUGGUCUGAGACGCUGUGGAUUAGGAGGAGCAGUAGGCUUUGGUGCAUCUGUUCUAUAUGCCCUUUGGAACUCCAGAGACAAAUUAUCAUCUUUACGGCAGUUCAACCCAGCGUAAGGUAUCAUUAUUUUUGGAGAUUAUGAACAUUUGAAAGGGUCUAAUUUUACAGUGUCAUAUUGAACAUCUUGUAGUUAUGAAAAAUUUGUGGAGUACAAUAAUUAUUGAAUUCACUUUAAUAAUGAAAUUUUAGUUUCACAAGAUGCUUCAUUCGGAAUUUUGUUCAAUUACAAUUCAAUAUUCAAUUAUAAGAUAUCUGGCCAUUCAUAUUUUUUAUUUCUCAGAGUAGAUUUCCUCAAAGAAAAAUGGGAGUUGAAUAGUACAAGUUAUGUACAUUUCGUUUUCUAGCUAUUCUGGCUUAUGUUAGCAAGAAUUAUCAUAAUAAUGGAGUAUAAAACCUGUUGAAUAGUUUGUUUUGCAUGAGUUCAACUUUCAACUUCAUUAUCUUGAGUAUAUACUUUGUGCUGUGAUUUAUAUAAUAGUAGUAUGACUUUAUAAUCAUAAUGUGAAACUGUUUUGUUUUUCCAAUAAUAAAAUUUAUUAUAUAA